CGAUUAUUUAAUCAUUGUACCCUCCUGACAACGGAGAUAUGUUUCAGCUUUCUCGAUACUCACGAUCCAAAUCCUUCUUCUCUCUAUCUCUAUCUUCUUUAUAAAAUGCUUUCUGUUCUAGUAUUUUUUUUUACCUUGUAGCCGAUCAGCUCGAUGAUCACUUUCUUCACUGACAUAGAAAUACCUGCACUCUUUCUUCACACACGCACGCACGCAUACUCUACAACAACUUCUCUCUCUCACACACACACACUUCAAAUACACAUGAUUUCUAACUCUCUCUAUAUAUCUGGCUCUCAUUAACUCAUAUGAUAGGAUCUGUGAUCAACAGAAAGGAAAAUCCACAAGUAAAAACAGACAAAGGUGGUGUAGAGACAGAGAUUUUGUAACAAAAGAAUACUUUGUUCUUAAAGUUAAAAGACGUAGUAGUACUACUACGUUACUAACCAGCAAUAUAAACAGUUCAUAUUCUCAGAAUCCCAAAAGAACACACAAAACCAAUUUGUGGAGAAGAAAACUAGCUCCUUUCUCAAGCAGUGUUCUCCUCAACUCUUGCUUUUAGGGUUAUCAGUAUCUUCAUUUGGGAAGACUUCAAAUCUAACUUCUCAUUCACGUUUUCAAGCUGAAUACAUACUUUUCUUCAAGCAUCUCCGUCGUCUAUGGAGAACAUAUUUCAAAUGAACAGCAACGCCAACAAUGAAACUCAUCUUCCACCUGGUUUUCGCUUUCACCCAACUGAUGAAGAACUCAUCACAUAUUACCUUAUUAAGAAAGUCUUGGACAGUAGUUUUACUGUAAAAGCUAUUGCUGAAGUAGACCUCAACAAGUGUGAACCUUGGGAUCUUCCUGGGAAAGCCAAGAUGGGAGAAAAAGAGUGGUACUUUUAUAGCUUGAGAGACAGAAAGUACCCGACGGGUCUGAGAACAAACAGGGCAACUGGAUCCGGGUACUGGAAAGCAACGGGAAAAGACAGAGAGAUUUAUAGCUCAAAAACAUCUGCUCUUGUUGGUAUGAAGAAAACUUUAGUGUUUUACAAAGGUAGAGCUCCAAAGGGUGGGAAAAGUAAUUGGGUCAUGCAUGAAUAUCGUCUUGAAGGCAAACUUGCUUACCAUUAUCUCUCUAGCAGCUCCAAGGAUGAAUGGGUAAUUUCAAGGGUGUUUUCAAAGAGUGGAGGAGGAACUACUCCUAGUACUACUGCUUCUAGUAUUAUUAGUACGAGUAGUUUUGGUACCAGUACUGGUGGUGGGGGAGGAAAGAAGAAGGGUCAUGGAAAUGGUGGUAGUGGUUCUGGUUGCAUCUAUUCAUCUGAAAGUAUUGGAUCUCCAAUAUCGUCAUCAACACUUCCGCCUUUACUUGAUUCAUCUCCAUACGUUCCACACACAGCUGACCGUGCAGAUAGUUGCUCGACUUAUGAAAAUGAAAAUGUUGCUGUUGCACGAGAGCAGCACGUGCCCUGUUUCUCCACUCUCACCAACGCUGGAAAUAAUAACAACUUAGUAAUGAUGAAUCAGAACCAUUCAUCGUCUUCUUCAGGAGGGUUUGGAUCAACAUCAUCUCCAUCGUUGAUGAUGAUGAUCAACCAAAGCAACAAUCAUCAGCAUCCUCAGGUAAUGGACCCACCAAUGCAGACGCAGCAGCAGUUAGGUUGGAGUGGAGAGUUAUCAGCAUUUCAAAGUCUGAGAUCAUUGCAGGAGAAACUUCAGAUGCCUUUCUUUUACUCUGCUUUAGCUCCUCCUCAUCAUGAUCAUCCUAUGUCAUCGUCUGACCCACCACAACAAUAUCAUCAGACGAAUGAGAUUAAUGGUGGGUGUAACUCAGCUCGUACCAGCUGGAUGUUCAAUGAUCAUGCAUCUGAUAAUCAACAUCAGAAAGUAGAGAAGAAUCGUAUGCAGGUUGGGAAUACUGAGUUUGAUUGCCUCUGGACUUACUAAAUGAAGCAAUCAGGACGGUCUCUUAAUUACUGUUUUAUUAGUUUUUAGUAUGGCUUAUCAGUUUAGCUGGUGGUUUAAUUAGUAUUGCUUUCUUAAUGAUGUCUGUGACUUUCCUUGGGAGUCUAUGAUUCUUGUGGUUGUAGAACUUAUGCGAACUUAAUUACCAUCUUGUAUCACUA